AAAGGAACAGGAGGGCUUGGGUGGGGGCAGGGAGGGUCUGAGUUCCAGUGCUGCCUCCUCCCUUCGCUGGCUUCUCUGAGCCUCUCUGAACCUCCUCAGCUGGCAGGGUUGUUGGGGGGGAGGAGGUGCUCUGGUCCUACAGGGACUCUUCUGGGGUCUCUUAGGCUGUGUCUGGAGUGCCCAAAGGCUGGGUGGGUGGGGUCUCCAGAGGGGGCUGGAGAAAUGGGGCUGACCAUGUACAUUGAGUUUGGGUCAGCCUCCACAGGUUGCCCUGAUCCUCCCCUGGCACGCAAGGCACAAUAUCCAGCCCCUGACCUAAGGUGGGCUCAUUAGGAGGUGAGAGCCCAUCUUUGGGACUGACAAGCAUUUACCGAAGGCAUGGGGACCCUUAUCCUUUGCUUCUCUGACAGGGAUGCCUAGGCCUUUCCCAAGAGUGCCUCCCUGUUGUCAUGUGGAGUCUAAUGUAUCAUCUCCUUCUUGCAUUUUUAAGAUCCACAAAUCAAUAAAGUAAAGUUUUAAAACGUAAGACAGUCCUUUGUAAGCCUUAAAGCAGUAUAGGAAUGUGAACUGGAAUCUCUUCCUCCCCUCAGCUAGUGGGACAGGCAUUGCCAGGAAGUGAGCAGGAGCUUCCAGGGGGAGAGGGAGGGGCUGGGGAUGGGCACUGACUGUGACUGGGUUUCGUUCCCUGUCCUGAUUCCCAGUGACCCGAGACAAAUGUGUGUGAACUAGAGGUUGGCUAGGGAGGCAUGACUGCACACUCAGUCUCUGUGUCAUGUAAGGGAGGCAAGAAUCCUAUUCGCUGGGACUAGGGAGGAAAGAGGCCCCCCCCCCGUAAGAGACCUUGCCUUGAUGCUCUCACACACACACACACACACACACACACACACACACACACAGGCACACACUCUUCAGGUGGCUGGCACUGGCCCUGCCCUGAGGCCUGUUGGGCUGUGUCCUCACUGCAUGGUGAGAGCCUGUCCAUUCCUGCCCAGCCCCAGGGUCUUGGGGAGCACACAGAGCCACCCAGCAUCUGUCCUCCAUCCAGAGGCUCCGUUGUCCUGGCCAGUUGUCUCGUGCCUUUCUUCUCAUCCUUUGAAUACCCUCUGUUACCACCAGAACAUCAGGCCUUUGACCUUCAGUUGGCUGUGGGCAAGUCACGUAACUCUGAGCCUCAGUUUCCUCAUCUAUAAAAUGGGAAUAAGACUUUUAGCAAAUCUGUCUCACAAGGUUGUUGUAAAGACUCCAGAUAAUACGUGUCAGGUGCUUUACAAAUGUUAAAGACAGCAUUUGUCCCCUUGCACUGGGUAUGGGCUAUGCCCUGACCUUGGAAAGGUGUGAGGAUAUACUGAGGUGAUGCAUGGAAAUGUGCUCAGGAGAGCACCUGUUUGAGGCAAAAAGACCAGACUGACCAGGUCACAUGCUAAUGCCAGUGUGGCUGAUACCAGAAUCAAGCUACUAUCCCAACCAACUGAGCCAAGUUGGCUUCUUUGAGGGCCUGAAGAAGGGCCUGGGCCAGGCAUUGGAAGGCAGCCAUAGGGAAGGCCAUUGUAAAAUGCCUGGUGUGGGCAGGGAUGGCUGCUGGGACUGUGCAAGACUAGAGCUGGCCGGGAGCCCACUGGCCAGAACUGUGUCUCCUCGGGAGCGUCUGGGCUGGGGUGGGUUUGCCCUCACCCCUUCCUUUGUUCCAUGCGCUGUGCUGAGCACUGCAGAUGUACACGUGAUAAAAGAAAGUCUCUGCCUUUGGAGGGCUUCCGAUCUGCAGCAGGGAUGGGGAAGGUCCCUGGCCUUGGGGCAGUGCAGUGGACAACGCAGAGGCAGCUGGGCCAGUGGCCUUCACAGAUGCGACAAUGGGGAUGAUCAGGCCACCCGGUGGCAGCAGGAAGAUUUCUCAUCCCUGGAUGAAAAACCCCAGUUCCCUGGUGCCUCUGCCGAGUUUGUGGAUAAGCUAGAUUUCAUUAAACCCAAUGUCAUUUCUGGCAUCCCUGUCUACCGGGUGAUGGACCGCCAGGGACAGAUCAUCAAUGCCAGCGAGGACCCCCAGCUGCCUCAGGAGGUGGUCCUGAAGCUAUACAAAAGCAUGACUCUUCUCAACACCAUGGACAGAAUCCUCUAUGAGUCUCAGAGGCAGGGCCGGAUCUCCUUCUACAUGACCAACUAUGGGGAGGAGGGCACCCACGUGGGCAGUGCAGCCGCCCUGGACGACACAGACCUGGUGUUUGGGCAGUACCGGGAGGCAGGAGUGCUGAUGUACCGUGGCUACCCAUUGAAUCUGUUCAUGUCCCAGUGCUACGGCAACUCGGGUGACCCCAGCAAGGGGCGCCAGAUGCCCGUCCACUAUGGCUGCAAGGAAAGGAACUUUGUCACCAUCUCCUCCCCCCUGGCCACGCAGAUCCCCCAGGCGGUGGGAGCAGCCUAUGCAGCCAAGAGGGCCAAUUCCAACCAGGCCGUGAUCUGCUACUUUGGGGAGGGGGCAGCCAGCGAGGGCGAUGCCCAUGCUGGCUUCAACUUUGCUGCCACCUUGGAGUGCCCCAUCAUCUUCUUCUGCCGCAACAACGGCUACGCCAUCUCCACUCCCACCUCGGAGCAGUAUCGGGGUGAUGGCAUCGCGGCCCGAGGCCCCGGCUACGGCAUCAUGUCCAUACGAGUGGACGGCAAUGACGUGUUUGCAGUGUACAAUGCCACCAGAGAGGCCCGGCGGCGGGCAGUGGCCGAGAACCAGCCCUUCCUCAUUGAGGCCAUGACCUACAGGAUCGGGCACCAUAGCACCAGUGAUGACAGUUCGGCCUAUCGCUCCGUGGACGAGGUCAAUUACUGGGACAAGCAAGACCACCCCAUCUCCCGGCUGCGCCAUUACAUGCUGAGCCGUGGAUGGUGGGAUGAGGAGCAGGAGAAGGGCUGGCGGAAGCAGUCUAGGAAGAAGGUGAUGGAGGCCUUCGAAGAGGCAGAAAGAAAGCUGAAGCCCCCGGUUGGCCUCCUCUUCUCUGAUGUGUACCAAGAGAUGCCGGCCCGGCUCCAGAAACAGCAGGAAGCCCUGAGCCGCCACCUGCAGGCCUACGGCGAGCACUACCCACUGGACCAUUUCGAGCAGUGA